AUUAUUAUGAGUUUUAAUGGGCUAUCAAUGGUUAUUAGGGAGUGAAAGCCCAGAGAUUCCCCUCUGGAUCGGGUUCCCCUGGGGUGGCAGAAAAGGCAUCUCUUUCUCUCCAUUCUCCCCUUCAUGUUCUCUAGUCCUGGUCCUUUGAGGUUGCUUGUAUAGAACAUUCCAUUUCCCACCUCAGCGCCUUUGCCUAGGCCUUGCCUGUACCUGGAAUGCCCUCCCUCUCCUUUGGGGUACUGCGCAGGCGCCGCUUUCUCCUUCCCCCAGGCCUUUUUCUACGCUUUGUAGGGCACAUUCUACGGCCGCGGCUCCUCCCGAGGGCCCAAGCCUGGCACCCGGUGGGGGCUUGUCAAGCAUGGCCAGCACACAGUAGGCACUUGAUAAGCGCGGAGGAAUUGGGGUGAACAGUCCAGAAGCGCUUCCACCACCCUUCUGGUUGGGGGUUGAUGAAUAUUCAGGAGGCAGGCCCCAGUCUUAUUAAUAAUUAACCGGUGGCCCCCGCCUUCGCCCAGAGGCAGGAUGACGUAGCGUCGCCACCCCUCCCCCCCACGCCCUCGGGAGCCGUUGGGGCGCGAGGUGGGAAGGUGGGCCGCGCGCAGGCGCAGGCAGUCCCCGGGGCGUCUCGAGGGCGGGGAGCGCGCGACAGUGGCGGCGUGCGCAAGCGCUCUGGCUCGUAGUGAGCAGCGCAGUGGCUGGGCUGCGCAGACGCAAGCUGGAGGGCGGGUUGUCUGUGUGAGGCGGCGGCGGCUGCUGAGGCUGAGGCGGCGGCAAAGGCGGCUCGGAAGGCAGCGACUGAAGUGCAGCGGCAGCAGCGGCAGUUUGGAGCAAGCAGCCCGGAGCGAGAGGCGGCGGCGGCGGAGCAGCGAGUGCAGAGCCGGCAGCACCAUGGUGGACUACCACGCGGCGAACCAGCCCUACCAGUACGGCCCCAGCAGUGGUGGCGGUGGUGGCAACGGUGGGGGCGGCGGCGUCGGCGACUACAUGGCCCAGGAGGACGACUGGGACCGCGACCUGCUGCUCGACCCAGCCUGGGAGAAGCAACAGCGCAAGACCUUCACAGCAUGGUGUAACUCUCAUUUGCGGAAAGCUGGCACCCAGAUUGAGAAUAUUGAUGAGGAUUUCAGAGAUGGACUCAAACUCAUGCUCCUCUUAGAGGUUAUUUCAGGGGAACGGUUACCUAAACCUGAGCGAGGGAAGAUGAGGGUACACAAAAUUAACAACGUGAACAAAGCCUUGGACUUCAUUGCAAGCAAAGGUGUCAAGCUAGUCUCCAUAGGAGCUGAAGAGAUUGUAGAUGGCAAUGCAAAGAUGACAUUGGGAAUGAUUUGGACCAUUAUUCUUCGAUUUGCCAUCCAAGACAUCUCAGUGGAAGAGACCUCUGCCAAGGAGGGUCUCCUUCUCUGGUGUCAGAGAAAGACAGCCCCAUAUAAGAAUGUCAAUGUGCAGAACUUCCAUAUCAGUUGGAAGGAUGGACUGGCUUUCAAUGCCCUGAUCCAUAGGCACAGGCCAGAGCUGAUAGAAUAUGACAAACUGCGAAAGGAUGAUCCUGUCACAAACCUGAAUAAUGCUUUUGAAGUUGCUGAGAAGUAUCUAGAUAUCCCCAAGAUGUUGGAUGCUGAGGACAUCGUGAACACAGCCCGUCCUGAUGAGAAGGCCAUUAUGACCUAUGUGUCCAGCUUCUACCAUGCCUUUUCGGGAGCGCAGAAGGCUGAGACUGCUGCUAACAGGAUCUGUAAGGUGCUGGCCGUCAACCAGGAGAAUGAGCACCUGAUGGAGGAUUAUGAGAAACUGGCUAGUGAUCUGCUAGAGUGGAUCCGACGGACCAUUCCUUGGCUAGAAGACCGUGUGCCUCAGAAGACCAUCCAAGAAAUGCAGCAGAAGCUUGAAGACUUCCGUGAUUACCGGCGGGUGCACAAACCCCCCAAAGUUCAGGAGAAAUGUCAACUGGAGAUCAACUUCAAUACUCUGCAGACCAAACUCCGGCUGAGUAAUCGUCCUGCCUUCAUGCCCUCCGAGGGGAAGAUGGUGUCAGACAUCAACAAUUGCUGGCAGCACCUGGAACAGGCAGAGAAGGGCUUUGAAGAGUGGCUACUCAAUGUUAUUCGGCGACUAGAGCGCCUGGAUCACCUGGGAGAGAAGUUUGGGCAGAAAGCCUCUAUUCAUGAAGCAUGGACUGAUGGUAAGGAGGCCAUGCUGAAACAGAAGGACUAUGAGACAGCCACUCUGUCCGACAUCAAAGCCCUCAUCAGGAAACAUGAGGCCUUUGAGAGUGACCUGGCAGCCCAUCAGGACCGUGUGGAACAAAUUGCUGCCAUUGCCCAGGAGCUGAACGAACUGGACUAUUAUGAUUCCCCAAGUGUCAAUACUCGGUGCCAGAAGAUUUGUGAUCAAUGGGAUGCACUUGGCUCACUGACCCACAGUCGAAGAGAAGCUCUUGAGAAAACUGAGAAACAGCUGGAAACAAUUGACCAGCUGCACCUGGAAUAUGCCAAGCGUGCGGCCCCAUUCAACAACUGGAUGGAGAGUGCAAUGGAGGACUUGCAAGACAUGUUCAUUGUCCACACCAUUGAGGAGAUUGAGGGCCUAAUUGCAGCCCAUGACCAAUUCAAGUCCACCCUGCCGGAUGCUGACAAGGAGCGGGAGGCUAUCCUAGCCAUCCAUGGGGAAGCCCAAAAGAUUGCUGAAUGUAACCAUAUCAAGCUGUUGGGGAGUAACCCUUACACUACCGUUACCCCCCAGAUCAUCAACUCUAAGUGGGAGAAGGUUCAGCAGCUCGUGCCAAAGCGGGACGAUGCCCUGCUGGAGGAGCAAAGCAAGCAGCAGUCCAAUGAGCGCCUCCGCCGGCAGUUCGCCAGCCAGGCCAACAUUGUGGGCCCAUGGAUCCAGACCAAGAUGGAGGAAAUUGGGCGCAUUUCCAUUGAGAUGAAUGGUACCCUGGAGGACCAGCUGAACCACCUAAAGCAAUAUGAACAGAGCAUUGUAGACUACAAGCCCAAUCUGGAUCUCCUCGAACAGCAGCACCAGCUCAUCCAGGAAGCCCUCAUUUUUGACAACAAACACACUAACUACACGAUGGAGCAUAUCCGUGUGGGCUGGGAGCAGCUUCUCACCACCAUUGCCAGAACCAUCAAUGAGGUGGAGAACCAAAUCUUAACCCGAGAUGCCAAGGGCAUCAGUCAGGAACAGAUGCAGGAGUUCCGGGCGUCCUUCAACCACUUUGAUAAAGAUCACGGCGGGGCGCUGGGGCCUGAGGAGUUCAAAGCAUGUCUCAUCAGCCUGGGCUACGAUGUGGAAAAUGAUCGACAGAAGCAAACUGGCAGCAUGGACGCAGAUGACUUCCGAGCUCUGCUUAUCUCCACAGGAUACAGCCUGGGUGAUGCUGAAUUCAAUCGCAUCAUGAGUGUUGUGGACCCCAACAACAGUGGCAUCGUGACAUUCCAGGCCUUCAUCGACUUCAUGUCCCGAGAGACCACCGACACAGACACGGCCGACCAGGUCAUUGCUUCCUUCAAGGUCCUGGCUGGAGAUAAGAACUUCAUCACAGCUGAGGAGCUUCGGCGAGAGCUGCCCCCGGACCAAGCCGAGUACUGCAUUGCUCGAAUGGCUCCGUACCAGGGCCCAGAUGCUGCUCCUGGAGCCUUGGACUACAAAUCCUUCUCCACAGCCCUGUAUGGCGAGAGUGACCUGUGAGCCGUCCGCUCUCCCUACCCCUGCCGCCCCUCCCUGAGGAGACACAGUGACCAAACCACCUUCCCCAACCUCCAGCUCUGGGGAGCCCCCUUCUCCCUCUAGGGGGCGGCCUGCUAUAUAGUCCAGUUUUCUCUGACCUGAUCAGGUAUCUAUGCAAAGUUUUCUCUCUCUCUUUCUCUUGAUCUUUUUUGUGGAGGGGGGAAAGGGGCAGGAUCUCUCUUCUCUCUUAGUUGAUUGACCAGGAGUUCCCCAGCCUGGGGCAGGGGGAAUGCUGAAGGGGGAGUUUAGAGUCAAUCAUUCUGGUCUGCUAUAAAUAUAUAUAUAUAAUAUAUAUUUUUAAAACUAAGCUGAGGUGAUACCCUCGUGGAAUGAAGACUGGCCUCCCUCCCCAAGCUGCACAGCAUCACGCUAACAUGUCUCCUCGGCCACACUGUCACCUCUUGGCGCACACGCGCGCGCACACACACACACACACUAUUGCCCUUCUCAUCCCAGCAGGUGAACUCCUCCCCUCCUCCAUAAGGGCCUAUUACAGCUUGUUCCCUUCAGGGCCAAAGACCAUGUGCCUUGUCUAGGAACCCUCUUGGGUCCAAUUUUCUGAUGGGACUAAGGAAUGGGGAGGCAGCCAAGCAGCCUAAGAAUGUGGGUUCAUUGGGGACUACCCACACUCGGGGCCCUCCCUCAGCUACUUGCGGGGCAGGGCCUGCCCAUUGCCGCCACCGCCUCCUGCUUCCUCGCUCUUUUGUUUCCUUCCACCUUCUUCCCUCCCCGUGGCCCCUGCUACCUUUUCCUCAUAAAGAUGCUUAAAGAGGGAUGGAUUGCAACCAGCUGGGGCAGCUUAGAUCAUGGCCGUGUGCUGGCAUUUGGGAGUCAGGGAACAGCAGCCAGAGAGGGCUGAACUAGAGGACCUGGGGUGAUGGAGGAGGGCCAGAGCCUUGGGGUCUGCCCUGUGUCAUGGACCACAGGCAUGAGCAUUGUGGAUAGUGCCCAGACUGGCCCUCGCCAGGAACCCCACUCUCACUUUGACUGGACUCUAUCCUCAGCAAGUUUUCUAAGGACCAAAAAAUUAAAAAAAAUAAAAAGUAAAAAACAUUAAAUCCCCACAAAAAAAAACCCUUUUAAAAUAAUUAAAAACUUCAGAGAGUUACUAUUUACUUUAUUAACUUACGGAUUUAUUAUAUAAAUAUAUAUUCACCUAGCAACAUAUAUUUGCUGUCUUUCUUGGUCUUGUAAUUAAGAUCUCAGCUGAUUAUCCUACCUGUUCCCCCUUCCCUUACCCCCUAUUGUUUUCCCUCUUCCUCUUUGGUGUCUUUUGUCAGGGACUAGUCUUUGGGGAUUCCCCUUGAGGGGAGGGUCUGGGGGCCUGGCUUAGGGGAGUGAAAGGCUGGGCGGGCUGGCUGCUUCUGUUUGUGGUUUUGUUUUUUCUUUUUUUGGCGUUCUCAUUUUUUUCUGGAAAAACCAACAGAACAAUAAAAUGUGUAAUAUUUUUAAGAACAA